CGUGGUUCUUCCGCCAGUUCCAACCCAAUAUUACCGGAAAAACUGCACGAAACAUUCCACAAUCAACCGAAAUGAUUGGCGACUACGACGACGACACCCACUUCUGCCUGAAAUGUCACACCACAAUCUUAGGCUUAGACAACUACGUCAGUCACAGAAAAGCUGGUUGUUCCAAAAACCUAGGCGAUGCCCCUAAGUCUCCACUACCAAGUCAACUGCUGCCUCCUGAUGAGUCAUUUGGACUGAAAGCAGAUGACUUCUUCUUUUCCUUAGAAUUGCGCAGCAGUUCGAAAAAGACCUCAGCCCAGUCUACUUCUGGAAAGAACUUCAGUGGUAUUUUGACUCGAAGUAAGACUACAGCUGUUCUUCAAGCCACCUCGGGAAUAAAUAAGGAUACAAGUGAUAUCCAGCAGUCGAAGUCUGGGAAGAAUGUUUGGAUCGGUGGUCACCAACUCAAAGAACUUGGAUACGGCGACAAUCAGUCAAAGUUAAUCAAAGCUGUGGAUAAUUUAGAGAGAAGAAAAGAGGAACCAGCUAGACUAGAAGUGUAUGAAGAAAGUGAUGAGGAUACGGAUGAAUACGACUAUGACGUUGAAGAUUCUAGCGACGAAGACCAAGACGUUCCACCGAGACAUUAUACAGGUGGUAAAUGGAAGCCUUCAUCACCAAUUCAGUGGUCUAGGAACUCAGACUCUAGGGACUGGAACGUACCCCCUCCCACUUACACCGGUGGAAAAUGGAAACCAUCCGCCAAAAGGGGUUCUUCCCCUCCAGCUACUCAUACAAAAGGCAAAUGGAAGCCUUCUUUCAAGGAAUAUGAUGAUGUACCACCUCCUACCUUCACUGGCAGCAAAUGGGUAUCAUCAAAGAAGCAAGACGACCAAGACGUUCCGCCUCCCACACAUACUAAAGGAAAGUGGAAACCUAGACCCGACAACGACGACGAUUUCCCUCCUCCUAAUCACACCAAAGGUAAAUGGAAACCCAAAUGUCAAUUGGACGACGAAAACCCUCCUCCAACUCAUACUAAAGGAAAAUGGAAACCUAAAGGUGACCUAGAUGACGAAUUUCCACCACCAAGUCACACAAAAGGAAAGUGGAAGCCUAAGAACGAUAACGAAGAAGACUUUCCACCCCCUAGUCAUACCAAAGGCAAAUGGAAACCGAAAAAUGACAAUGAAGACGACGUCCCAUCUCCAAGUUAUACAAAAGGAAAGUGGAAGCCUAAGAAUGAUAAUGAAGAAGAUUUUCCACCUCCUAGUCAUACUAAGGGUAAAUGGAAACCAAAAAAUGACCCUGAAGAUGACGUUCCAUCUCCAAGUUAUACGAAAGGUAAAUGGAAACCAAAAGCUGAUAAUGAAGACGAAUUUCCUCCUUCAACUCACACCAAAGGCAAAUGGAAACCUAAACAUGACAAUGAAAUAGAUUUAGCUCAACCUAGUACUUCAAAACAAAUCGAAGCUACCGAACCUGUGUUUGACAAAGACAGUACGAAAGAGACUGAUAAUAAUACAGAUAUAAAAAGUAAACAAAAAUGCGAGGCGCAAAGUAAAUUAAACGAAAAUUACACUAAAAGUAAAUGGAUUCCUCCGAUUCAAAAUAGAAGCAUACUAAAACUUUCUGGUGAAUCUUCACUGAAGAAAUCCGGACGAACAAUGCAGUAUUGGUGUAGCCCUUGUAAUAGAAAACUAGCUUCGAAAAUUGUCUACGAAAGACAUCUGAAAUCCGAGCUUCACUUUAAAAGAACUUUACACGACAGAGAAUUUGACGACAAUGAUGAUUUAAAUAUACUAAAGGAAGUCAGACGAGCUAAAAUAAAGCCACCUGAAUCUAUCUUCAGUAAUCAAGAGAAGAGCGUGACAAGUAUGACCAAAAAGAGGAAUCGUAAGAAGAUAUUUAUAAGAUGCGAUGUUUGUCAUUCAAAAGUCAGUAAGUACCUUAUCGGGAAGCAUUUAAUAUCUCACUACCACUGCAGAAAGGGAGAUAUAACUACACCGGUGGCUAGGUCAAUGGUACUUGAAAACAUCUUCAGUAUAGUUCUAGAGUGUCCCUUCCAAUGCAGUAUUUGUAAAUUUUAUUGCAACACCCAUGAUGAUUUCUUGCGGCAUUGGCUGUCGAGAGACCAUGUAGACAAAAAGGCACCAGGUUAUUACUUCUGUAGCCUCUGCAAGUUUAGAUCGGAAGAUACACAAUUGAUGUACACGCACAUAGCGUCAUCAGAACAUAAUGAAGUGAUUUCAGUCAUCAACCGUUCAGUACCAAUCGUCAUAAAGAAAAUCAAUCCCGUCUAUUGCCCAACCUGCAAUAAGGAAUUUAUGCUCAAUGUGCAGCUUUUAAAUCAUUGCAAAAGAUUCAAUCAUGACGAUUCUGUCGCUAAGACAUUCAAAAAUGAAUUUAUCUGUGAACCAUGUGGAGAAGGCUUCCUAUCGAAUAUUGCCUUGCAACGUCAUCGUCAAAACGUUCACAAAGAUAAAUACUUUGUUUGCAGCCCUUGCAACUUAAAAUUUGACAACGCUAAAGAUGCCAAACUACACAGGAAAUCUUUACAACACAAAUACUCCGUUUUAGGCAAAUAUGAACAGGAUAAAAAAAGCAUGAAGAGAAAAUGUGAAUACUGCCAGGAGACUUUCGCCAAUUUCCUCUUGCUCAAGGAACAUUUGAAGGAAAAACACCCAGAACACAAAAUUAGAUGUCCACACUGUGGUACUAACUUCACAAUAACUCAAGAACUGACCAGCCACCUUCGGUCAAAAUCAUGCAAAUUCGAAGAGAACCCAGAAAACAGUUUUCGUUGCGAAAAAUGUCCCUUUUCAUCCAACUCAACGUCAGAAUUGGUCUUCCAUUUAGCUCUACACGACGAACCACUCUUGACGUAUCCUUCAGAUAAAGGCGAAGGAAAUUCCAAAUCAAAGCCCACUUACAGAUAUAAGUGUCCGAUGUGCAGUAAGAUUUUCCCAAAGUCUUCCCUUCAUGCCCACAUUAGAAUGCACACCCAGGAGAGGCCCUUCGUCUGUAAAAUUUGCAACGCCAAAUUCGCCAGGAAAAACAAUUUGCAGUUUCACGUGAAGAAUCAUGCCAAGAAAGACGCGACUAAAGUGGUGAAGGAGGCUUCCGGUGAACGACCGUUCCUGUGCUCGACGUGUGGAGCAAACUUUAAGAAAAAGUCCAUUCUCCAGCAACACAUGCAGAUUCAUACAGGAAAACUGUGCAAGUGUCCUAAAUUUGGGUGUGUGUACACUGCCAGAAAAAUGAGUGAGAUCAAGGAACAUCUCAAGACCCACUCUGAUGUUAAAAAUUUCGCCUGUGACUUAUGCGAAUACAAGGGCAAAACCAAGCAGCAACUAAAUCGACACCUGACAAUUCACGACGACAUCAAGAAAUACCAUUGCCCACAAUGCCCAUUUACCACAAGAACCUCGACUCACCUAAGAAGACACGCGAGACUGCAUACAGGAGCAAAACCUUUCAGUUGUCCAUACUGUAACUACAAAUGUAACAAUCUGGAGAACUUGCGAAAGCACGUCCUGUCCACGAACAAACAUCCGGGAAAAUGCAUUUAUGAGUGCAAAUUCUGCUCGAAGGACCAUUUCCAGAGCAACUUCGCCAAGGACUUUAAGGCCCAUUUGAUCACGCAACACUCCGGGAUGUUCGGAAACGGCGCCGAGGCGGCCACCUACGUGGCAGGCAUCUACGAGGUGCAGGACGACAGCACUUACCUGAGCGAUAUAGAUAUGGAUCGGACCGGCGAGGGAAAUAUCCACUCUCAAACCUCCAAGAUGGACGACCAUCACGAAAAUAUUCUAAACCUGAAAACUGAUGAUGAUCCUAUAGUGUCCGAGAUAUCGAUACGUUCCAUAGACCACACGACCAAGAACAGAGCUCUGGACCAGAUGUUACCGAGGUUUAUCGUUCCCAAAGAUGAGACUGUUGCGAUUGAAACCUCCCCAGAGGCUUGGAACCUAGUAGGACGAUAUGACGUUGAGGAGGAAUCUGGAACUUUAAUUCCUUUCCAGAGUGACGCGGUCGGCUUGUUCCAAGACCAUUUCGAUUGA